AUGGGAAGAACAUCAAUCUUUAAUCAAGCUGAAAAUGAAUUAAUUUUAGAAUGGAUGCAACGUAAUCCAAAUCAUCCAAAAAAUAGUUAUACGAAACUUAGUAAAGAACUUGCUAAGAUUUCUUCUAUUGAAAAAAGUUCAAAACAAAUUAGACAACAUUGGUCAAAUAAUCUAAACCCAGCUCUUUGUAAGGAUCCCUUAAAUGAAGACGAAAAAAUUUUUAUUGUUCAAUGCGCCGAUCAAAAUGAAAAAUUUCUUACGAAAAUAGUUGAUUUGACACAAAAGGAAUAUAAAAAAUUAUUUUCUGAGAACAAGAUCAAGAAUUUUUUGCACACUAGAAAAAGAAGACUUGAUCGAAUUCAAGAACUGCCAAAACUUGAAGUUUAUGAGCCCAAACCUUUUCCUCCACAGUCUAAUAUUCCGCCUAUGAAACCUAUCUUUGAUUGA